GCGGACCCCUCGGCUCCGCGAUCGGGGAGCGACGGGAGCAUGGAGCGGCCGGAGAGGAGCGCAGAGGCCCCGCAGGAGGCCGCCCCCCUGCUUCCCCGGCCGCCUCUGCCCCCCAGCUCCGGGCUGUGCUCGGCGCGCUGCGCCCUGGCCCUGCUGGCUCACGGCUCCCUGCUCGUGGCGUAUGCACUGCGGGCCACCCUCAGCAUAGCCAUCAUCGCCAUCACCGGCGGCAGCUCCCCGACCGGCAACCGCAGUGCUCCCGGCCCGCGGCUGCCUCAGGCCCCCGUGUACAACUGGAGUGCUGAGACCCAAGGGAUCGUCCUCAGCUCCUUCUUCUAUGGCUACAGCCUCACGCAGGCGUUGGGCGGGUACUGUGCAGGGCUCUUUGGAGGGAAACUCAUCCUGGGCAGUGGGCUCCUGCUCUCCUCUGCCCUCACCCUCCUCGUGCCACGAGCUGCGGAGCUUGGCGUGGGCUUCCUCGUGGGGCUGCAGGCGCUGCUGGGCUUGGCUCAGGGGGUGAUAUUUCCAGCUCAGUACACGCUCUGGGCAAAGUGGGCCCCUCCGCUGGAACGCAGCAGGCUCAUGAAUAUCGCUGAUGCUGGAUGCACUUUUGGAACUUUCUCUGCUCUUCUUGUGGCUGGAUUCAUCUGCCAGAGCCUGGGUUGGCCUCUUGUCUUCUACAUCUUUGGUGGCGUGGGUUGUGCCUGGUGCCUCUGUUGGUUCCUCCUUGUGUACGAGGACCCCGCGUGUCACCCGUGGAUUAGUCCCAGGGAGCGGGAGUACAUCGUGUCAUCGCUGGCUCACCAGGGCAGCUCUCAUGGCCACUCCCUCCCACUCGGGGCCAUGGCCAAGUCGCUGCCUCUUUGGGCGAUUGCCAUUGCCUGCUUCUGCACAGACUGGUUGUUCUACAUGCUGCUCACCUCCAUGCCCACGUUCAUGAGCAAUGUCCUCCACUUCGACCUCAGAGAGAAUGGGCUCCUCUCCUCCCUGCCCUACAUUGGGAAUGGGCUGGGGCACAUCCUGGCUGGGCUGCUGGCAGAUUUCCUCCUGGCCCAGCGAGUGCUUGGAACAGCAGCUGUCAGGAAGCUCUUCUCAGCGCUGGGGAUGCUGCUCCCCUCCGUCUUCCUGGUGGUUGUGCCUUACAUCGGCUGCAGUUCCACAGCUGCUGUGGUCCUUCUAACGCUGGCAUUGACGAUAAUAAGCAUGACAGGGGCAGGCAUCAACAUUAACCACAUCGAUAUAGCUCCCAGAUACGCAGGGUUCCUGCUAGGAGUCACAAAUACCGUUGGCAUAGUCUCAGGAAUUAUUGCACCUACUGCAGUUGGACUUCUCAUCAGCCAGGAUCUCCAGGCUGGCUGGAGGGACGCCUUCUUCAUGGCUGCAGCCCUCAACGUGUUCGGCAUCAUCUUCUAUACAGCCUUUGGCAGCGGGACCGUCCAGGACUGGGCUCGAGAGGAGCCCGCUGAGCCAUGACA